UUUAAAAUAAACACCUAAAAUGUCCAAACCUGCAAUACUUUCACUUCACCAAGCCCUGAUGAAAAGCUUCCAGAGUAUUGAAAACAAUCAGAAAGUGUGGGGGAAUGUGUUGGCCGAUUGCAGCCCUCUAAUGGUGUCUCUCGCUAAUUUGGCGGAGCAGUCGCGAGCGCUUUCCAACGUCCAAAUCUCCAACACACCGCUCAGAGACUUUCCUGACUUGGAGGCGAGGCUGCAUUUUAAGAUCCUGCAAGCCACGGAUACAGUGCUGGUCAAACUCAAUGAGAAGAUGUCUUCUCUACAGUCUGUCAGAGAUACCAUCAGUAACCAGGUUUCUGCGGUCGUCCAGCUUUACGAGCAGAGUGCAGACUGUCUGGAUCUGCUCACCGUCACCGAGCGCUCGGCCACCGCCCCGUCAGUCUCCGACAUGCUGGAGUGGCUGCAGGAUGCCGAGCGUCACUAUCGACAACAAUUUCUGAGGAGGAAGACUCUGCUGCAGACUCUGAGGGCGGAUGAUCUCUCCCUUUUAGAAUCUGCUCCCAAAAGAUGGAAAUCUUUGGAGUCUCCCAGUGCAGAAGAACACAUCUCCGAUACACUUUGCAAAGUGUCCUUCUUCAUUGAGUCCCAAUGAAGAAAGUAAAAGCGACAGAAGUGGAACUCUGACCAGCAUUUUAAUAUGACUGGAUUUCUAUGAAGAACAAAAGAGCAAUCAUGCAUGUAUAGAUGGACGCAUUUCCUGUGGAUGUUACGGAAAGGACUGGAUUUUUAUUUUGUCAGCUGAGUGUCCAUGGACAUGUUGUUGGAUGGGAAGUGUGUGCACGUACCAGACUUUAUAUGGUAAUUGAAGAUGAAGAGGAAAAUCAAACAUUGACUUUUUUUCCAAGUGUUUUCCAUGCGUUCAUACUUGAUUAAGAAAAGUGUUGUCUGUGAUGGUCAACAUGGCCCAAACCAAAUGUAUUUUUGGAGAAACACACAAAAAGGAUAAAGAAUUUUGCAAAAGUUA